GGAUAUUCCAGCUGACCUCAAACAAAUAGGAGACCAUGUGACACAGGGACAAGUGCAAUCUCUCUCCCGUGUUUUUGUCUCUCUCCCGUGUUUUUUGUUGUUGUUUAUCUUAACAGGUGGGCCCUCAAGCACACGCCUUGCAGCAUUGCCGAGCCGAUUCAUCAGUUCCAGGCUGGCAUAGCGUAUGGGUGAAAGAGUGGAAACGUGAUCCACUUGCACCUAAGUGGCGUGGACCUUACACCGUCUUGCUCUCUACUCCAACAACGGUGAAGGUAGCUGAGGUGACCCCCUGGAUUCAUCACUCCCGUUUGAAGAAGUCCGAAGGCAGUUGGACGUGCAAAGGUGACCCCUCUAAUCCUUUUUUAAACUGACUCUCUCCAAAAAAACCCUGUAUCUAGCCCUACGGGGAACGGGCUAGGUCACGGGCAACAUUAGACGACUGGCCUGCUGCAGCCACAACCUGGAAGCUGGCUGACCUGCGCACGCCUGAAGCUUGAGGAGCGUCUGAACCAGCGAUUGUGAACGGGAAGAUUCUCUUAUACAAUUGAUUGACUGCCCCCCCCUGUGGAACAAUUAUUAGAGAUAUUACUCAUUGGGGAUCCUUGGGAUAUAUGUUUUGGUCUUGGUGGUUCCCCAUUUCUGUCACUGGAGGAAUUAUAUUGGGGCUAAUAUUUUUUUGUUAUCACAAUAAGGUAAUCUUUUGUGGAAGGAAUGCAUAUACUAGACAUCAACAUGAUUUUAUUAUUAAUCCUGAUCCCUUGGGAAGGGGAAGGGUCCUUGAAUUUGAGCAAAUUUGCUAAAUAUGGAUUCCACCAUAACCACAAUAUGUGGGUAGGCUUAGCUGAGAUGGUAGCCAAUGUUACAAAUAGGACCAAUUGCCUUGUUUGCUCUCUUGGGCCAGAUGAUUCAGAGGGAGGUAUGCCCUUAUUACCAAUACCAUUAAAUGCCAUUGGUAUGGUAAGCGAAAUGCCACACCAAACAGAAGUACAGAAUUUCCCCGGAUGGAACUCAACUAAACCAAUACGAGUUAUACCUGUACAAGGGGAAUUCUGUGUACAUAAAUCAUCAGAGGCAGCUGAUUCUACCAUGAUAGGCUCUUCUCAUUGCCACUAUACUUGGGAUUAUAUUAAGAAUAGUCAAACCUGGGCAAACGGUACUACCUAUCGAACUCGGAAUACCUUGCCCUGUGCACCUCCUUUUAUUCAUGCAUGGAAAAUGGUGUGGAACAUAACUGUGACAGAAAAAGGCAAUCUAACAUACUGCACUGUGAACUCUGUACCCCUUUUGAUAUUUCGCCUUAUGCACUCCACAUACCAAAAACCUCAGACCCGAUGGUUGUGGUGGAUAUGUGGAGAAUGGGCAUACAAGAAACUCCCUUCCAAAUGGAGUGGGACUUGUUUCCUGGGAUGGGUAUUACCACCAAUGUGGAUUAUGCCCACUAGUUCAGCCAAGCGUACACGAAGAAACGCUGAUAUUUCUCAUAUAGCAGGAGGAAGUACCCAAAGUUGGAGCGAUACUGAUGAUUGGCCACCAGAGCGCAUUAUAGCCUAUUAUGAACCUGCCUCCUGGAAUCCUGAUGAGCUCAUACAAGGGGCUCGGGAUCCUAUUUAUAAUCUAAACAGAAUAAUUCGAUUGCAAGCAGUAGUGGAACUUGUAACCAAUGCAACGGCCCAGAGUUUGAGACUUAUUGCACAACAGUUGGAUGAAAGUAGAGCCGCCAUUUUGCAGCUGAAAAUGGGAAUGGAUUAUGUACUUGCCAGGCAGGGAGGCCUAUGUGGAGUCUUGAACUUGACAGGGAAUGCCUGUUGCUUUAACAUUUCUGAUAAUGGUUUUGUGUAUGGUGCCAUGUAUCAUUUCAUGUUUUAGAAGUACAAUUAGCAAGAUGAUUUCAAAUGAAACUCUACCUCAUAUCAUGGCCCUAUACAGAGCUUUACCUCAGGAAUAUGAUGAAGGUCAAGCUAUCAAGGACACUUGGGAAGGUCCUUGAGCUUGAAAG